CAGCGGCAGCAUAAACCAACUUCCUCCCACACCUUCGCCCGCUUCGCCCCUCCUUUUGACUCCUCCCAUCCCACCACCAAAACCGCGGGCGGCAUCCCGCGCCGCCCACCGGCGGCAGCCACCGUUUUUAUAAACCGCCGCGACCUGAAGCCCAAGCAACCGGCACACACACCAUCCCCCAACCCAUCAUGGCGUCCUCUCUUCUCACCACCCCGUCCCAGACCCUGGCCCUCACACCCGCCACGGCGCGCGCCCGCGGGGCGCAACCGGCGGCGGCCCAGGUGUCCUUCUCCUCGCCCCGCCUCCCGAGCCGCCGGGCGCUGCGCGUGCGCGCGUCGGUCGCGAUCGAGAAGGAGGUCCCGGAGAACGAGGCGCCGCCGACGUUCCUGCGGGAGGACGGCUCGGGGGCGGGGUCCGGGUCGGUGCGCGAGCGGUUCGAGGGCAUGAUCCGGCGGGUGCAGGGGGAGAUCUGCGCCGCGCUCGAGGAGGCCGACGGCAGCGGGGCGCGGUUCGUGGAGGACGUGUGGUCGCGCCCCGGUGGCGGCGGGGGCAUCAGCCGGGUGCUCCAGGACGGACGCGUGUUCGAGAAGGCCGGGGUGAACGUCUCCGUCGUGUACGGGGUCAUGCCCCCGGACGCCUACCGCGCGGCUAAGGGGGCCGCGAAGAAUGGGGCCGCGGAUGGCCACAAGGCCGGGCCGGUGCCCUUCUUUGCCGCUGGCAUUAGCUCGGUUCUCCAUCCCAAGAAUCCGUUUGCUCCAACAUUGCAUUUCAACUACCGUUAUUUCGAAACAGAUGCCCCAAAAGAUGUACCUGGUGCACCAAGACAAUGGUGGUUUGGAGGUGGUACUGAUUUGACUCCUUCAUAUCUCAUUGAAGAGGAUGUGAAGCACUUUCAUUCUGUCCAAAAAGAAACUUGUGAUAAGUUUGAUCCAAGUUUUUACCCCAGAUUCAAAAAAUGGUGCGAUGAUUAUUUCUAUAUUAAGCAUCGUGAUGAGCGACGCGGACUUGGUGGAAUAUUUUUUGAUGAUCUUAACGAUUAUGACCAAGACAUGCUUCUGAACUUUUCCACAGCAUGUGCUGGCUCUGUAAUUCCUGCAUACAUACCCAUCAUAGAACGUCGCAAAGACACUCCAUUUAAUGAGGAGCACAAGGCAUGGCAACAACUGCGGAGAGGUCGCUACGUGGAGUUCAAUCUUGUAUACGAUCGUGGUACCACAUUUGGACUCAAGACUGGGGGAAGAAUUGAGAGUAUACUUGUCUCUCUACCACUCACCGCCCGAUGGGAGUAUGAUCAUAAACCGGAAGAAGGGACCGAAGAAUGGAAACUUCUCGAUGCCUGCAUAAAUCCGAAGGAAUGGCUCUGAUUAGCUGUUUCUGCUGUCUCUUCCAAUUGUUUUGCUAGUAUUCCCAACUCUUUCGAGUCUUGAGAUCUCCGAUCAUGUGUAGUUCCCUUUGCCGGGUAGAAGUUUUGUUCAUAAGUGUAUGAUAAUGUAUCACAAUGUAGUUUCACCGAGCCGGGUGAGAUCAAGGAGAUAUGUAGAUGGUGUCCCUGUUUUGUCUUUCCAAAUGCGCGAAGGGAUAAAUCUGCAGAGUUGGAUUUA